GACGCGGAUGCGAUCACAGCUUACGCUCUGGCGCACAACGAUCAGACCAUCGUGACCUGCUCGCACAGUAGUCUGCUCAGGCAGUAUGCGCUCCUCCCGACCAGAACAACUCCACAACACGCCAAACCGGCACAACUGAUCAAAACAUGGGGUAAAUCCGGACACACCUUGCCCGUUACGGAACUUGCAUUUCAUCGCUCUAACGUAUUCUGUGCUACCGGAUCGGUCGACGGCAGUGCCCGCGUUUGGGAUGUGCGCGGAGGAUUUUGCACUCACGUCUUCCGACCAAUGGCCGCACGCGAAGGCGCGGCGGGUGGGGGAGGAAGCGGAACAUUGUCCGUCACAUGUCUGUCCUGGCUGCCGGACGUAACGCAUUUAGUACUCGCAGUUGGACGGGACGACGGGAGUAUUUCUCUAUACGAUUUGCGCGACACGGAACAACAGCAGGUUGUGGUGUUGCGUGAUCAUCUGUCGUCCGUCACCAGUGUUGAAUGGAACGCAAAGUUGGACAUUUUAGUAACGACUGGACGCGACGCCGUCGUCAAUCUGUGGCGCAUCGGCGAGAGCCCCAAGGUGGACACGAAGAAGAAGUCCAAGAAGUGGCAAAAUGCUGGAACCGUCUCCCUAACUUAUCGACGGAUUCACACCCUGCCCGUUUACGAACAAGUCGAAGGGAUGGUUGUACUUCCACCAACGGAAAGCCGACGAGAUCUAGUCUUGGCGACGGCUGGAAGUAAAGGUCAGAUUCGCCUCUGGCAAGCCAAAGAGGACGAAGAAUCCGGCAAAAUGGCACUCGUCUUGCUAGCGGAGCAGCCUGUAUCCGAGUCGUUUGGGGAAGCCCGUGGUGGGUACAUGAAUUUGCAAUACAUUCCAUUGGCCAAACCAAUGGGCAAAACGAAACCGAGCCAAGGCCAUGAGUUUGUUCAGGAGCAACUCGUCGUGGCUGACGCCGAAAACAAUAUCUCUUUCCUGUCACUGUCCGAAGCUUACCUUUUGCAAACUGAUCGCACGAUUGUUGGACAUAACGACGAUAUUCUCGACCUCAAGGCAAUUCCACCCCCUGUCGGCCACGACGUAGUUCACGUCGUAGUCGCAACCAAUAGUGCCCAAGUUCGACUCUUUGAUCUCCGAAAUUUUUCAUGCCAAGUGCUGGAUCGCCAUACGGCCACCGUACUUUGCGUCGACGUAAGUCCGUGCGGACGAUACGUCGCAACUUGCGGCAAGGACAAGACGAUGCGGUUAUGGUCACUGGCAUCGCAAAGUAGUGUGGCCGUGGCAACAGGUCAUACCGAAGCCAUUGGGUCGACCGCAUUAUCUCGCAAGCAAGGUCGAUACGACGUCCGGGGCAAGGCGGCCACGAACGGUGGUGGUUCGUUCGUAGUGACGGUCAGCAUGGACCGUACACUGAAACGAUGGAAUCUACCCGGUGUGGCAGACUUGGAAAGACUUGGCGAGGAUAGAGAAGAGACUCCACUUAAGGCUUUCGUGAGUGUUCGAGCUCACGAAAAAGAUAUCAAUAUUGUAUCUGUGGCUCCCAAUGAUUCGCUCGUUGCAACGGGAUCGCAGGAUAAGACUGUCAAACUCUGGAAAUCCAAUGAUUUAUCACUACAAGCAACGUUGAAAGGACAUCGGCGAGGUGUUUGGGACUGCCAGUUCUCUCCUCAUGACAGAAUAUUAGCUACGGGAAGCGGUGAUCGCUCAAUCAAGGUCUGGUCCUUAAGUGAUUACAGCUGUGUUCGAACUUUCCAAGGCCACUUGGCGAGUGUGUUAAGAGUCAGAUUUUUGAACGGAGGCCUUCAAAUGGUGUCAUCCGGUGCUGAUGGGCUCGUGAAACUCUGGACAAUUCGAACGAACGAGUGUGAAGCGACGAUGGAUGGGCACAAUGACAAGGUCUGGGCGCUCGAUUUGGCGGCGAAUGGAACGAAAAUGAUUUCGGGUGGUGCGGAUUCUAGGAUUGUCGUGUGGGAAGAUACAACUAAGGCUGACGAAGACGCUAGACAAGCUGAGGAGGAAGAAGCUAUUGUCUUAGACCAAUCGCUCGCAAAUCAUAUAAGGCACAAGGAAUACACCCAGGCGCUCGAAAUUGCUCUACAGAGAGACAAACCUCACCAAGCUCUAAAAAUUCUGGCAUCUAUCGUUGAAAGCGAGGCGCAAAAGGGGAGACCAGGCUUUGAGUCUCUCCAACGGCAUGUAAAGGGAUGGGCGACGGAGCGUCUUGUUCAAGUCCUUCGAUAUUGUCGUGAGUGGAAUACUCGUGCACGAAACUCCCACAUUGCAUUGCUAGUCGUCCGUGCCAUAGUUUCCUCGAUUCCUGCUCACAAGUUAGCGGCAACUGACGGCGUGCCAGAAAUUUUGGCGGGUAUUGUUCCGUACGCUGAGCGUCAUUUUGAUCGUUUAGACAAACUUUAUGCUGGCUCGUACCUACUCGAUUUUGCCCUCUUCGCCAUGGGAAGACUUGAU